CAAGAGUCAGGGCGAAGGUAUGCCGGGCACGACGUCAGCAGCGCCUCUCCUCACGGAUGAGUAACAAGAAUGAGCUGGAACGGGCUGGAAAGAGCUGAGCUCUUCUCCCGAGGGUGACGUAAUUUUCGGGACGAGGCCACGCCUCCAACGAACGGGAAUAAAAGGCUCCGCCGGCAGCAGCGGGGCAGAACGCUUCCAGCCCACUGGAGAGGGGAAAGAAGCAGCAGCAACAGCAGCAACAACAGCAGCAGCAGCGAUGCUUUGCCGGAUGCACCUCGCACCAUUCGCCUCCAGCUCCCUGGCCAGCCGUCUGGGCACGGUGAGGACCCUCUGGCCACACGCAGAGACCAUCUUCACUGAGCUGCAGCAGGAGAUGGAGAAAGCUCGGGAGUUCAUGAGCAGCUUCGAGCAGCUUCUGAGCAACCACGGAGCCAUCGCAGCGGAGCGAGCCCCGAGCACCAGCACGACCCUGGCCCAGUGCUCCGGGGACGGCUUCUCCGUCUGCCAGGAUGUGAAGAACUUCGCUCCCGAGCAGCUGUCGGUGAAGGUGGUGGGCAGGAAGGUGGUGCUGGUGGGGCAGAAGGAGACGCAGAACGUCGACGAGAAGGGCUCCUUCUCCUACAAGUACGAGGUGCUGAAGCGGGAGUGGGACGUGCCCGAGGAGGUGGACGCCGAGGCGCUGACCUGCUCCCUGUCGAAGGACGGGCAGCUCCGCAUCGAGGCCCCCAAGCUGGCCCUGCCGGCUGCUCCAGAGAGGAAUGUGCCCAUCCAGGUCAGCCCUGCAGCCCCACAGCCUGGACCAGCCUCUGAGGAUGGAGCUGCCAACAAAGCCCAGGUGUAACUGGAUGGGACCCCAUGGCCACGGCAGGACUGGAGCAGACAGGAGCAAGUCUUGGGUUUAAGCCCAGACAAGCUCCAUCAGCAAUGAUGUCAUUUUUUUCACUGGAAUGUUUUUGUAUCCAAUAAAAAUACUUUUGCAUAGAACCUUCA